AUGGCGAUUGGAUCCCCUAGGGUCCAAGGUAUCCGGUCUGCAACGGUCGCUCUCAUGCUUGCGGCUACUUCAUUGUUCUCCCCUCGGAUACCGGUAGCGGACCCCCGCGCGAUACUAGAGUGUGGAUACGGUGGUGGCGACUGGGCCGUCCAAUGUGCAGAGGAGUUUGAAGAUUGCGAGGUCACCGCUAUCGACAUCUUUCCCAUGCCAGUUACAGACCAGCCCGACAACCUAGAAUUGAUCGGCUACAACCUCAACGACCCCCUCCGAGACCCUGAAGUAUUCCAGGCAAAUCAGUAUGACCUCAUCCACUCCCGAUUCGUAUUCCCGGGUAUAAAGACGGCAAGGUGGGCUAGAUAUAUACGGGACAUGAGGUUGCUACUGCGUCCAGGGGGUUGGGUCCAGAUAGUGGAGUAUAUACCUAUCAUCCAGUCUCACAACGGUCGUCUUACAGAUGAAUCUGCAGUACGACGGUGGUGGCAGUCGUAUCAGGCUGCAAUGCUGAGGGCAGAUCGAGACCCAAGGAUAGGUCGACGGCUGGGUCCACUUCUGCUAGAGAACCGGUAUCGAGAUGUCGAGGUGGACGUGGAGCAACUUCACGUCGGUGCUUGGUCUCCAGAUCCGGCGAAGGCAAGCCUCGGUAGACAGUCCGCUGGGAUGGUUGGCGAUCUUCUCGAGUCGCUUGGCGUUUGGCCGUUCACGGCGGAGCUCGGCUGGACGGCUGCGCAGUUCGACCAUCUCAUGGGGGAGGUGCGUCAGGAACUUGGAAAUACGGAUCUAAAAUUGUACAUUGAGAUGUAA